AACGAAGGUACAGCACACGUAUCUGUCAGAUUUAUUACAGUGUUUGCAUAGUUUGCAAAUACUUUCCGCCAGAUGCUGCAGUGUGGCAUGGUUGUAUUCUUGUAGGUUUGAUAAGUCUACGUUUGUACAAUGAUUUCCUAUUGAUUUGUUCCAUAAAGUUGAAUUAAAAGCAACUGAUAAGCGCCAUCAAAAGAGAGAGAGAUAAACAUAAAUCGUUACACUCAAGGGGUUUGUAAUGGUAGAUUUGUUUGCAUAAAUUACACUUAAGCAGUAAAGACAGCGACACUAACAAAAACGAUUUUAAAUACCAUUUUUGCAACAAGCUACUAGCAUACGUUUAAAGUAAAACCCUAGAGUCAGUUAAAAUAUCGCGUGAAGUUUAGAAAUCGGUAGCGAAAACAGUACGGUUAAAGUAGCAAUGGUUUUAUAAGUGCACGAGAAUCACUUUUUAAACAAAACUUUCAAAACAAAUCUUGAUAACGCAUAGAGAGAACGAAUCGUAAUAGGGAUAUGGCCGUGCUUUAAAAACAAAACAAACAAGCUUCUACAGAACAGAACACUGCACGAAUUGUAACUACAAAAUAUACGCGAAGCAAAUUGCAUUAGAAAAGGACAACACUGUUCGUAAAUAGUUGUUGAGAGAAGAAAACGCUCGAAAAGCACACGAAUUUUUAACGCAUAAAAUGGAGCCAAAGCUCACGCAACAAACAACAAAAAACUAUCUCAUCGAAAGAGGAUACAGUAAUCAAGCGAUAGCACCGACCGUAAUGUCAUUCUUGAUCGAAAACUCAAAGCCAAUCAUUGAGAGAAUGGAAUUGUUAAUAUCAAUGAGGACGAUUUGCGUCCCCCUGCGCGAGCAAAACAAAAACUGCGGUGUCCCAUUCCUCCCCACACACCCGUACACCACAUGCCACGUCUCCCUUUUAUAUCUGUCUGAUGGGGCACGAUGUUGAAUUUCCUUUCCAUCUUCUUCAGAUAUAAUCCUCUCCAACUGUUUUACUUUUUUCGUUUCUUCUUCGUGCACAAGCAGUAGCAAUCGAUAGCAGCGAGACUGUUCAGUUUCGCCGUGUCCCCAAAACAGCACCUUAGUACAGCUGGUAUGGAAUGAUGGAAUGCAAUAGAUUUCCUACUAAAUGCACCGCAUUUGAUUGCAUGCUAGGGGAAAUCACUUCACGAUUCGUUGCUGUUUGUGAUGGCUUUUGAAACGAUUGUUCCUAAGUUGCAGUGCUUUUUAAGAAGCUUUUUUCAAUUGGUAGCGCUCUAUCACACACAAUCAGUGCCUCUGUACGUUCGAAUUUGUUGAUAUUUUGACUUUUUGCGUUAAAUUUUUGUCUACCUUAAACAAUAGCAGCACUUACCACCAGCUUUGCUGCGAUUGUGUAAUGUUUUCUGAUUAGUUGUAAAACAAGAUUGUGCCAUGCAUUUCGACGGUUGACAGUUUAUGUUGAUAAAUUAUUCUUACAUCCUAGCACGGACAGUUCCUUUGCAUACUCUAGAUCGUUUGCAUCUGUCAAAUCGUUAGUCUCUUGUAAUUCUUCCUGAACGCGUGUAGGGCACUUAUAUCCAACCCGAGAUUUGAGUGAAACAAACAACCCCCCCGACACAAGCACACAGAACUGUACCAGACCAAAAAUGGAGACAUCGGACAUAAGCACACCCCACUGGGAAAGGUGUAGAAAGCAUUCGUUUUUACGUUCUCAUUCAAUGCGUUUUUUAAUGCACAUGUUAAUGAAUUGUGACUGUCUUUUUACAAUAGUGUAACUUUACCAAUGCCCACCGUUUACUCUGCUAUAGACACACAACAUUACCUUCUCACCGUUGUUAUCGUAUCUGCACACACACACACACACACAAUCGCACUUUCUAUUGCUUCCUUUCACCGUAUUUUCACCAAACAAGAAACAGUUUCCUAUAUACUUUCCCAAUAAAAUCAAGUUUGCCCUCUCUCCACCUUUUCUGCUACUCUACCGAUAGAAAAUGCCGGAUGUCGCUCAUUAUACGUUCCAGCGUUCGCAAAACAUGGGUAUAACGAUUGUUUUAUGUUUCUGUUUUCACAAAUUUUCCGUUUUCGUUUUCCUUUGAUUAUUUUGUGAAUCCCGCAGGAGGAAAAUGCGUGUAACAAAACUCAAGAAAAUGUUUAAAAACCAUAUAAAAAAAACUGAAAAAAACAUAAAACUUUACUACUAAAAAAAACAAAAAGAAACCAAUGGAAAAAGAAGUACAUUAUACUGUCGAUUACAUCCUGCCAUGAAGCGAACAAAACACGAAACAAUGCAAACAACAAAACUGCAAAUUAAUAAGAAGAUAAAACCGGCUCAUAACAAAACGCAAAACAAAGGAAAUAGAAAAACAAAACGUUGAAAGGGAGAAAUACAUCUGGUGGGGGUUUUGUUUUUAAUUUUUCCACAAAAUGCUCUCACAGUCGUAAGUCGAUUUUCCGUUCGACAUAGACAAAUGGAAAAAGGAGAAAACAAAUUACGCGUCCAAAUUAUUUUGCUUGUAAAUAACAUUACACCACACCUCCUCCUGCCUCUCUCUUUGUUGAAUUGUUCGGUUUGCAAAGAAAAAAGAAAACACGCGAAAGCAAUGAAGAAAUUCGGGGGCUCUCUUUUCUGUUCCUUUAAUAUAAAAGCGCUCUUUUUCCUACUCUACAUCUAAUUGUGAUAUGAAAUAGUUUCCACUCUUCUCUUUGUAAAGUGUGUUUCCGCGUGAAUGUACGUGUGUGUGUGUGCGUGAAUGUGGGUGUGUAUUUGUAUAUUUUAAAAGGAACGCAAAAUGAGCAGAAUACUAUAAAAGAAACCCCAUUAAAAGCUCCCAACAUACGCACACACGCAUACACGCAUGCUACAUUGAAAGCUUAUGCAAUGACAAAACAAACAACAAACACUGAGGAAAACCGAUAAGGAAAGCAAACAAAGAAAGAAAAAACCUUGUAAAAUAAAAGACAAAAUACAAAAGAAAAGCAACAAACAAUGUGAAUCUAAGGAAAGUAACAUUUGAAGAAAAAAACACAGUAACAAUGCUAAAACAGAAGUAAAAUAGGUUGAUUUAUGCUAUCUAAAACAAAUAAAAACCACCCAAAACUAAGUUAGAUAGAGCGAAAGAGAGUAAGAGAGAAAGAGAGAGCUAACAAAGAGAAGAGAAAAUGUUAAACGGGCGCAGCAAAGCAAAGCAAACUAUUCCCAUGUGUUACCGUCGUCUCAUAAGGAAAGUUAUCAUACUUAGAAAGAGAGAGAGAGAAAGAUACAGAGAGAUGCAGGAUUAAAAAAUAUACCCCGUAACUUACCAACCGUAACAAGAGGAAAACAUUAGAAAAAGGACACGAACUUAGCCAUGAAUGUAAAAGGGAUAAGCAGUCGGGGAGCAGAGUGAUGGCGUUGUUGGGUUCGUUGGGUUGUUUUCGUCUCAAAGUUGUAUCUUCCACACAAAACAAUACAACCACAAACGGAUGCAGCAGUAGCCACAGUCGUGUUAUAGGUAAUGGCGAUAACAGACAUGUAAAUGCGUGUAUGUGUGUGAGUGUGAAUGUGUAGAUGUACUCUAAAAGCGAAUUAUUUGUUAAAAUAAGUGGACAAAUAAGAGCAAAGAUAACAAUUCUAUCAGUGCCAGUACAUCGCUGAAACAGAAAUCUGCAAGGAAAGAGAAGAACAAAACAGAAGUAUAAAAUGAAUACAAAAACACAGCCACACACAUACAUAUAUUGUGCAUGAAAUAACUACAAACCGCCCUAAAACAGAUGAUAAAUGUUUGUGGUGGUUCACACACCACAACACUUUGGUUUAUUUAAUUGAAUAUGCCAAGUAUUUUCUUUAAACAAUAAGCUGAAGGAUGCAGCAACAUACAACAACCACUGAAGUAGAAAGCUGCAAAGCUAUUAUACCGUUGCUGUGUGCUGUAACGUGGAGAAAACAAUGGAGAGAAAGAGAGAGAACAGGACGCAACGCGAAAGGUGUGUAGAGCGACCUACUACCAGUUCGGUUGCUAGGGCUACACUAGAAGGAUGGAUGGAUGGGGAAGGAGAAGUAGGCUUUGGGAUAAAUGGCGUACGGAGUGAGUGUGCGGAUCAUGGCCUGCUAUUGUACCAUUUUGUUCUGGGUCGUGUUAGGUAGUAGCUCCCACCGAAGGUGGCGAAUCAAACUAACUAGAUAGCUGACACGAUGAGAAUGAAACAGGAUAAUGGGGCAUAAAACACGGGAGGAAAGAAAAAGAUGGUGAAAAAUCGAACACACACAUACUACUUAGUAUAGACACACAAUCGGCUAAGUGGAAAUAGUAGGGACGCGCGUGUGUGUGUGUGUGUGAGAGAGAGAGUUAUGAGAUUUAGUAUAGCUUCUGGAUAGUACGAGAAUUAAUUACAGCGAGCGAGCGAGAGUGAAAGAGAGAGCGAAUGAGUGAGCGUGUGUAUGUGUAUUACGCUUGUGUGCGAGAAAACAAAACAUGAAGUAAAAAAGAAAACCUACCUACUCGAUAAGGAUUAUUUAAGUCAAUGCAAAAAACACACACAAGCAAGAACAAAGAGAGAUAGAAACAAAACACAUAAACACAGUAUAUAAAUGAGAAGGAAACAAAAAAAAAACGGGCGAGAAAGAGAGAAAACAGCAAAACAACGCAAACAACAAAACCAACCAACCGAGCAAGCAAGCAGCCG